AUGGAGACAAGAGGAGGAAUGCAGAAUAUCAAUGCCCAAUUGUCACAUCUUGCCCAAGCAGUAGCUCGCCUGGAAAGCAAACAGGGGGAACUUCCUGCCCAAGUGGAGGUAAAGAAGGUAAAUGCUGUGACACUCAGGAACGGUAAGGAAUUACCCGAAGUGAUUGGAAAGCAAACUGAGGAGGAACCAGAGGUUAGAGAGGAAGUUGGAAUGGGGUCAGCAGAUGAGGAAGAAUUAGCUCAGGAAAGGGAAACCAAGAAGAAAGCAGCAGAGAAAGGCAAAGAAAAAUUGAGACAUGUUAAGCCCAUAAUCCCCUUCCCAGGCAGAAUGGCCAGAGAACAGGAAAAGGAAGACUUGACCGAAUUGGUGAAAAUCUUCAAAAAGGUGGAAGUCAAGAUGUCCCUUUUGGUCCCAUUACGAUCUAUGCCCAGAUGCGCUAAAUUCCUAAAAGAACUCUGCACCCGGAAGGUUAAAUACACUGAUGAUGCCAAAUUCCAGGUGGGCGAGUCAGUAUCCGCAGUCUUACAGCGAGAUAUGCCCAUGAAGUGUGGAGAUCCAGGGAUGUUCUAUAUUCCUUGUGUGAUAGGAACCAUGAAGGUGGAUAAGGCAAUGCUCGACCUCGGGGCAUCUAUUAAUGUUAUGCCUUUAUCUAUGUACCAGGAUUUGGAGAUAGGACCGUUGAAACCUACCCGAGUAGUAAUCCAACCGGCAGACAGGUCAAAUGUGUACCCAGAAGGGAUAUUGGAGGACGUCUUGGUCAAAGUGGAGGAACUCAUUUUCCCAGCAGAUUUCUACAUCCUUGAUAUGGGGAAAUCAAAGGCACGUGACCCAGUUAUGCUUUUAGGGAGGCCUUUUCUCAAAACUGCCAGGACACGCAUCGAUUGUGAUACGGGCAAAUUGACAUGCCAGUUCGAGGGAGAGACAGUAACUUUCGAUAUAUAUAACGCCAUGUAG